GGAGCGCCGCGGGCUGGCGGCCAGGGCUGGCGGGGCCCGGGUGGCGGCGGCCGGGCGGGGCCGGCGGAGGUUAGAAAUAGGGAGAGCGGGCCGAGCCGCCAGCCCCGAGCACGCUGCGCAGCGAGCCGCCGCACCCGCACCCGCAUCCAUGCUGCUGACGCUGGCCAGCGGCGCCCUCUUCUUCCCGGGGCUCUUCGCGCUCAGCACCUGGGCGCUGCGCCGCUCGCGGCCGGGAUGGACGGACGACGACUGCCUGACGGUCGGCACCAGGCUGGUGUCCUCCGUGCAGGCAGUGCUGGCUACCGGGGCGGGGCUCAUCAUCAUCUGCUCCUGCAGCAACGUGGUCUCAGACAGGCACUGGCUUGCCCGAGAGUAUGUCUGGUUUCUGAUCCCAUACAUGAUCUAUGACUGCUAUGCCAUGUACCUCUGCGAAUGGUGCCGAACCAGAGACCAGAAACUCAGACGUGCCACCAUUUUCCGCAACUUCCUGAUUGAAAACCGCCUAAUGGUCACACAUCAUGCGGUCAUCCUGUUUGUCCUUGUACCUGUUUCACAGAAGCUCAGGGGAGAACUUGGAGACUUCUUUGUCGGCUGCAUCUUCACAGCAGAACUGAGCACUCCAUUUGUGUCGCUGGGCAGAGUUCUGAUUCAGCUAAAGCAGCAGCAUACCCUCCUUUACAAGGUCAACGGAAUCCUCACGCUGACCACCUUUCUGUUCUGCCGGAUCCUUCUUUUCCCCUUCAUGUACUGGUCCUAUGCCCAACACAAAGGAAUGAGCCUGCUCCGAGUACCAUUUAAUAUCCCUUUACACUGCAACGUGGCCAAUGCCGUCCUCAUCUCUCCCCAGCUCUACUGGUUCUCACUGCUGUGCAGGAAGGCAGCCCGGCUCUUUGACACUGCCAAAGCCAAAAAGGAUGGUUAACUACUCUCAGGAGUCAGGCUCUCACACUAGCUGCUGCCUCUACUCAGUAUUCCAAGGACCAAAUUGUGCCUGGGGGAGCUUCUGCCUUCUGGAUAUUGAUGAGCCUCUGGAUUUGAGGUUUUCUAAGAAUCCCCAGUACCUUCCCCUUCUAACCUGCUCCUUUUGCAAAAGCACCCCCCUUCCCCCAGUGGUAACUUGGAUCCUGUCAAACCUCCACUGCAGCAAAGUAGUCUUAAUGCAAGCCUGAGGAGCCUUCCUUGGGCCUAUGGUAAGAGCUCUGGGAGGUGAAGCACUGCUAUCCUCACUCAGGGCAACAUCCAUAAUACUGGGCCAAAAGCAGGUGACAGCUUGGUUCUUAAAAUAGUGUCAUUUUUUCCAACACUAGGAAAACCAUUGUGGGUGUGUAGUCUUUUACUGUUUACUAGACAGCCCUGGUCCUCUCAUUGGUAUAUCAACAAUGAAUUCUCAUCCUACUGACUUCCAGUCAGAAGGGCUCGCUGACAAUGGGCAAGAGGCAGGGCUGAGAACCUGAAGCACUUGAGUAGGUCAGGAGGCCAGCAGAGGCCCGCAGCUCCGCUGGCUGACUUGGUAUAAAGACCAGUAGCACAAACUUGGGAGCUUGUUGCAAGCACUCACCAACACCAUUCCCUUUUUCGCACAACCUCUCAUACCCAGUUUUCUGUGCCCACAUAGAAAGCUGGCCUAAAACUCCAGGGACAAAGUAAAGUGAUGGCUUCUUUAGUGGAUUACCGGGUCAUCCCACUCUGACACUGCCUUUUUAAUUCAAGGCUGAUACAGAUGUCCACUCUAACCCUUGAGCUCUUGGCCAGGCCAGUGUUCUAGCGCUUCCUGAAGAGACCCAUUUAUGCUCAAUGUGCAGCCAUUCAGCCACAGAAGACUAGAGAACACGGGGGCAGCCAAGCUGGCCAGAACAUGUCCUGUGGACCAAUGUGGUAGCUGUGUACAGCAGGAUCAUUCCUCGCCACAGGCUGGGUAUGAGAGGACCUGCUGCCACUUCCAAGUGGCAGCAAAAACACUACAAGUGCCUUAUAAUUCACUGUCCAUGGACUUGUAAAGGACUGGAUGAUCAUGUCUCAAAUUUUGAGUUUCAGUUUUUAAUAGGUGCCACUUAAAAAACCAUAAAAAUGCUGUUUUGUGUUUUGUUUACUGUCAUUGUAUCCAUAAGUCAUCCAUGUGGUGAUUAAAUUGCACUAAAUUCUGUUUA